AUGAAAGCGACGAGCAACGAAGCAAUGGCAGGAGUUGCUGACCGUUCUUUUGCGGAGAAGGCGUUGGAGGAGAAGGCGAAAGCCGAUUUGUCAGUUGCAGAGCAGCACCGAAUUGAAAAGGAGGAGGAAGAGGUGAAGCGGCAGAAACACGCUGCUCAGUCUCUUAUUUCGGAGGAACAGAAGUUAGCCGCCGCUCUCGAAGAAGAGCUAGCUGCGCUCGAGGCUGAGGUUGGGGCCACAGAAGCAGAUGCAGAGGCAGCAGAUGCAAAGCUUGAGGCGAUGGUAGAAGAGGCACUGGGAGAAGAGAGUGCCGAGGAGGCGGCCAGAAAAGCUGAAGAGGCGGAAGCCCAUGCAGAGGAAGAAAAAGCGGAAAACGAACGCACAAAGGCGACCCGAGUAGCGGAAAUUGCAAAACACAUCACUGAACAAACUACAGAAGAGCUCGAACAUGCGGCUGAGGCCACCAACGCCGAAGCCGUAGCCGUACCAAAGACGGUGGAGUCCAUAGGAGAGUUACAAACUAAAGUGCUUUCCGAUGUGGAAGAAAGCGAAAAAGAGGAGCAGCAGGCCCUGUCUGAACAGGAAAAAGAAGAGGGAGAAAACGAUGAAAAAGAAAAAGAGGAGAACAGUUUAACGAAAAUAGAAGAGGAAUCUGAAACCGGCAUAGACGAAGAAGAUAAAGAUGAAGAGGAAAAGGACCCAGAAGAAGAGGAACUCCCUGAACUCUGGUUUGGAAACAAAGGACCUGAAGAAGAGAAGCUGCAAGCCGACGUACAAAACGACAAAGAGAAGAAGUGGUGGCAGUAUAUGUUGGCCUAA